UCCCCUAUCCCGGCUGACGUUGGACAACAAAGAUGGCGGCAGGAACCAGCAAUUACUGGGAAGAUCUCAGGAAACAGGCUCGACAGCUGGAAAAUGAACUUGACCUGAAACUGGUUUCCUUCAGCAAACUAUGUACAAGUUACAGUCAUAGCAGUGGCCGAGAUGGAAGACGCGACAGGUAUAGUUCUGAUACAACACCCCUUUUAAAUGGAUCAAGCCAAGACAGAAUGUUUGAGACAAUGGCAAUUGAGAUUGAACAACUUUUGGCAAGGCUUACAGGGGUAAAUGAUAAAAUGGCAGAAUAUACCAACAGUGCUGGUGUCCCCUCCUUGAAUGCAGCCCUGAUGCAUACAUUACAGCGACAUAGAGACAUACUGCAGGAUUAUACACAUGAAUUCCAUAAAACCAAAGCAAACUUUAUGGCAAUACGGGAAAGGGAGAAUCUCAUGGGAUCGGUACGGAAAGAUAUUGAGUCAUACAAAAGUGGAUCUGGAGUAAACAACAGAAGAACUGAGCUAUUUUUGAAAGAACAUGACCACCUUCGAAACUCAGAUCGUCUGAUAGAAGAGACAAUAAGCAUUGCUAUGGCAACAAAAGAAAAUAUGACUUCACAGAGAGGAAUGUUAAAGUCAAUUCACAGCAAAAUGAACACUUUGGCCAAUCGUUUUCCUGCUGUGAACAACCUGAUCCAGAGGAUCAACCUGAGGAAGCGGCGGGACUCUCUCAUCCUGGGGGGUGUUAUUGGGGUCUGUACCAUCCUGUUGCUCCUGUAUGCGUUCCACUGAUGGGACAUCUGUAGGGACUCUGACCACCACCACUUUCACGCCCUGGUCUGGAAUAAGGAAACUUCAGAGCGAGAAGUUGACUGUCUUGAUAAUUAGCCUGACCGACAGGAUGAAUGCGAGACUGACAGUGCUGAACUCUGUGACAUGGUCAGGUUGAGCUGAAGCCACGGUUUUUCUGUGCUGUCUUUUCUAACGUAUUUUUCUGUUUUUAAUUAAAAAAACAAAAAGGUUUUCAGUUGCUUUUGUCUCCCCAGGAGGCAAGUAAACCAAUCAAAAACAGAGUUUUCUUUGUUUCCUUGAUAGUGUUGAAACCUGAUGACAAGCCAGGUCUCACAGCUGGGCUCUUCAGAAAACCAGGUUUUCUACAUCCAAAGACUGUUUUUCUUUUACCCACCAGAUUGGAUUGUGAAUAAAAAUAAUUCUUGUCCUCUUAUUUUACACUCAUGAUGAGAAAUCACAAGUUCUUUCUUGAUAAUCUGUGCUAUAGAUUUCUACUCUGUCUCCUGAACUCUGUUGAUAUUUGAGGAAAAUUCUGUUUUUCAUAGAUUGUUUGAGAUGCUGGUGGACCAACUUCAGCAUGUUUGAGGUUGUCUGAAAUGGAGAACACUAUAAAACUGUCUCUUUUUUUCUUUUAAAUUACGAGUACAGUGGGGUUAACUGUAUUGCUGGAAAAACAUCAAGAAUGACAGUCUUUUAUUUAAGGCACCAGUCACUGUUUCCUUUUUUUUUUUUUUUUUUUUUAACACUUUUCCUUUGGAUUGAUGUUUUCCACUGAAAGAAGGCGAAAUCUCAGUUCCACUGUGAUAGAAGAAAACAAUCACCAGGGUCUGUCAUUGUCCCCACUGUUCUCAUCAGACCAGGAUUGACACUGGGAACUGAGGAAAGGGACUGCUCCAUUUCUAAUGUGAUCUGUUCAAAGCCACAUAGAAAAAGGUGUUGAGGGCUCACUGUUCAGAGAAUUCCAUUUGUAAAUGCUCCGCAAUGUAUGGGCAAAAGUUUAAGGACUACUGCCUGAUGUACCAGGAAUUCUGUGUUCUGUGAAAAUCUGUUCAUUCCAAAUCUGUUUACCAUUUCCAAACAUCCAGAGAAUGGUUUCACUGUUCAGGGUGCAUGUGGCAGAAUCUGCCUCUCUCUGCACCUGUCUUCUGUUACCAUCGUGGACAGUGACAGAUUUUAAACCAGCCACCAGAAUUCUUUUGAGUUAACCAUUUCUUAGUUUCUAUAAAUUCAUGACUUGUCUUACUGAACCUGGUUUGUAGAUUUCCAACAUCUGCACUGCUGCUUUUCACCAUUGGAAUUCACUGUGGUAUUUAUAGUAUUGGCUUCAGUCCGAGCCACAGGGAAUAAAAGGAUAGCAGCAUAUAGUUCUCAGCUGCAUCAUGGUGUAUAGAUGCUGUUAUUCAGGUGAACUUGCUAAUGGUGGGCUAACACCUGGUUUGGUACAGAGACUGAGAGGUUUUUCAUUCUGGUGUCAAAGUUUUGUUACAUUAUGGGUGUGAAGGGCAUUUGAUAUAUUUUUCUUAACUAUGGGGUUUAUUUUUCUAAAUAUGGGUUGAUUGUUCAUUGAUUCAGGGUACCCUUAAAAGAAAGUCACGUUUUCCCAUUGUGAACCUUAAAGGAUCAGGGAGGAAAGUUUAUUGAUUAAAUUCUCUGUUGGGAGAACAAAAGCUUUUCUCCCCUGACACUUUAUUAUCUUUGAUUUUUCAAAGGGCCUUGAUUGGUGGUUGUGUCUCGGUUAGAAUUUAUGGGACUUUGCUUGCUAUGUAGUUGGCAUUUAUAAAAUCUGAAGUAUCAUAAAUAAAGUUAUUUAUUUAAUUAUA